CAAUCAGUCGAGCUGUGUGUGCGGAGAGCUCGGAUCACUGCAGCUUUGUGUCAGUCACUUGCCGAGUCUCAGCUCAAGGGGAGAACAAAAUUGUCGCUGGGAAAUACCACGCAGAAGUGACUGAAGGGGAAGAUGGCUACUAAUGCAAACAAUUUUAACAGCUUAACUUUACAUAAAAUAAGUGGAGAAUUGGAUGAAGAGGAGGUGAGGGACUUGAGGUUCCUGUGCACUGAUUACAUUCCAGCAGGCAAAGGGAUAGUCACUGCACUGGAAAUAUUCACAGAACUGCAGCAACGAGAGUUGGACGUUAUUCCAGAACUUCUGUAUCGAAUUCAGCGUUUUAAAUUACUCUCCAUUCUAGGAAAACAGAAGACAUACAUGGAACAGCUUUUGCAACAACCAGGAAAUUCCAAGAUCUCAAAUUACAGAGUGCUGCUUUACAACCUUUCCAAAGAGAUUGAUGAUAAAGAGCUCAAUAGCAUAAAAUUUAUACUACAGGGAAGCAAGAAGAAAUAUCAGGACAUUAAGAAUUUUAUGGAGAUCUGCAUUGAUCUGGAAAAAAAGGAACAACUAGCACCAAAUAACCUACAGAUUCUGCUGAAAGCCAUGAAGGAAAUUAAACGAUUUGAUCUAAAGAGCAAACUGGAAAGCUAUCAGAACAUGACUUGGGAUACGCAAGUUACACUUCCACAACAAGAAAGCAGGAGGCAACCAAAAGAGCCUAACCAAGGGAUGUUCCCUACAGUCAGCUGCCCUGCUCAGGCCGAUGCCAAAUCAAAUGUUUCAGCAGGAACCGAAAGUCACCAAGAAAUUCAGCAAGCACCAUCCACCGCAGAUGACUCAGCUGUGGAAAGGCCAAAUCUCCAGCAAGCAGGGGGUUCAACUACAGAGAAGAAUGUAUAUGCCAUGACCAAGCUGCACGGAGCUAUGGAAGCAAUACAAAUGGGAUCUACACCAGAGACCUCAAAAACCUCCAUUUUGGAUGCAGCAUCUGCCCUUCCUGCAAACUCCUUGACGCAGACAGGUUCAAACUCGGAGGCAAAUCAACGCAGCAGCCAGUGUAUUGGAGUGUACAAAAUGAACAGUAAACCGCUUGGAAUCUGCUUAAUAUUAAACAAUAAAUCAUUUCCUGGAACACACUUCAAGGAAAGAAAUGGGACGGAUUGUGAUGCAGAAAAGCUGACUCAAGUGUUUACGACGUUGGGAUUUAAGAUAGACAGACAAGAUAACUUAACUGUGAAACACAUGAAGAAAAAACUGCAGAUGUACCAGGAGUUUAAUCAUACAACCAAUGAUUGUUUUGUAUGUUGUAUCCUUUCCCACGGUGAGCGAGAUGCAGUUGUGGGAACUGAUGGAGAACUUCUUCAUAUCAAAGAGAUAAGGUGCAUGUUUUCAGGGUCCCAGUGUCACUCACUGCUGGAAAAGCCCAAGGUCUUCUUUAUUCAAGCUUGCCAAGGUCAAAAGUUACAAACAGCAUGUCCAGUGACGGAUUGUCUCGCAAGCAGCAGCCCUGACCCUGAAUUGGAUGCAAUAUCAUAUUCCAUCCCUGAGGACAGGGAUUUCCUGGUUGCAAUGUCUACAGUUUCUGACUAUGUUUCCUAUAGAACGGGCGAAGGCUCCUGGUUCAUUCAAACACUGUGCACCUGCUUGGAGGAAUACUGCUGCCUAGGAUUCGACCUGCUUACAAUUCUGACUGAAGUGAAUCGGAGAGUGAGUGAAAAACAUCCAAGUAGGAAGCAAAUUCCAGAGCCAAGAUUCACCCUGUCCAAGAUGUUGGUAUUUUCUGCACGGAGUUUAAACAGCUGAUCCAAUUUCAGUCGCACAGGAGUGAAAACUUAGUGUUUGUGAUCUCAGAAGAAAAUUCAUCAAGGUGGCUUGACUUUAAAAAUGUUUAGCUGACCAUUGUACCCUAGCAGUACCCACUGUUAUUUGAACUCUAAAACAGUUGAUGAACAUGUAAAAUGCAAGAUAGAUUGAGCCAAUUAAGGCACUCAGACUAUUAUGUUCUUUAGGAAAAUUCUGGAUUAAUUUUCUGUGGAUACCUUAAGGAGAUUUCCAUUUUUUUAAAAACGUGAUUUUUAAUAUAAAGAGUGCAAGAUUAAAAAGCUUCA